AUGCAGGGGGAAGACUGGACGUGGACAACGGAUGUGGUACGCCUCGUUUCGAACGUACUUGUGUGCAAAGCUCCAGACGAUGUCUGCAUCCCGCAGGUCUUUCAAACUCUGGUUGACAAACUUAAUCGUACCUCAAUCGAGCUCGAAAAUUGCCUUGAUGUGCUGUUUGAAGUCAAGAGUAAAGUCCAGGUCGGACCAUCCACGUACUACGCUCGCGUGGAGAGGAAGGAUGGCGAAAUGCGCGGAGCUUGUGCGAACCAAGCGUGGACCAGCAAGCUCGUGAGUGACGACUUGGCCGUGAUUGUGACAGAUUUUGUGGACGAAGAUGAUAGUGAAGUUGCGGAAGCAGCUCGAAGGAAAGGUCAGGAAGGUCAGGCCGGAAUCAAAGGUGUGCCAAUAAUGUCACUUAUUUCUGAGUCGAGUCUUCGCACGGAAACGUGCAUGGUGCUCACCAUCGCACGUGUGAUCGAUCCUGUGAAACAUGUUCCGAUUGUGCUCUUGCGUCGACUGCGCGUGCAUCGGUACAACUUGCCACCCGACUCGCCCGUGGUACAUCGCGAACUGCGUAAGCUGCUUCCGUAUUUCAACGGUGACUUCCACAUGACGAUGCUCAGUGAUGCAUACACCACCGUGAAGAAGGAAGGUCAAUUUUCGGUCGUUGGUACAGCAUGCGACCGUUCUAAUACGAAGGACGUGAAGGAGCUGGAGAAGGAUGAAGGAACGAACGGCAAUGAAGAUCAAGCAUUACCAAAUUCACGAUGA